AUGGCUUCUGAUAAGAAGAUCAAGAUAGGAAUCAAUGGGUUUGGAAGGAUCGGUCGUUUGGUUGCUAGAAUUUCUCUGCAAAGAGACGAUGUUGAGCUUGUUGCUAUAAAUGAUCCCUUCAUUACCACUGACUACAUGCUCCAAAUUACGGUCCAUGGUUCGCCUUCUUCACUGUUCACACCUCGAAACUGUCCCCUACCCACUCACUACACUCUCUCUCUUUCGAAAGUUUAUGGGUUCUACUCUGUCCGUGAGUGCAAGAGCAGGAGAUUCAGAAGAAGAAGCAAUAAUAAAGACGAGACCAGCUUCUUCGUCCUCAAUGCACCACCUACAUAUAUGUUCAAGUAUGACACUGUUCAUGGCCAGUGGAAGCAUCAUGAGGUUAAGGUCAAGGACGAGAAGACCCUUCUUUUUGGUGAGAAAUCAGUCACAGUAUUUGGAAUCAGGAACCCUGAGGAGAUCCCAUGGGGUGAAACGGGUGCUGAUUUUGUUGUGGAAUCUACUGGAGUUUUCACUGACAAGGACAAGGCUGCUGCCCAUUUGAAGGGUGGUGCAAAGAAAGUUGUCAUUUCUGCUGUCAGCAAGGAUGCUCCAAUGUUUGUCGUCGGAGUCAAUGAGAAGGAAUAUAAGCCCGAGCUUGACAUUGUCUCCAAUGCUAGCUGCACUACCAACUGUCUUGCUACCCUUGCCAAGGUUAUUAACGAUAGAUUUGGCAUUGUUGAGGGCCUCAUGACCACUGUGCAUUCCAUUACUGCCACUCAGAAGACUGUUGAUGGUCCAUCAAAGAAGGACUGGAGAGGUGGAAGAGCUGCUUCAUUCAACAUCAUUCCCAGCAGCACUGGUGCUGCCAAGGCUGUUGGUAAAGUUCUGCCAGCCCUGAAUGGAAAGUUGACUGGAAUGUCCAUCCGAGUUCCAACUGUGGAUGUUUCAGUGGUGGACGUAACUGUAAGGCUUGAGAAGGCGGCCACCUAUGAUGAGAUAAAAGCUGCGAUUAAGGAGGAGUCAGAGGGCAAACUCAAAGGUAUCUUAGGGUACACUGAGGAUGAUGUGGUCUCCACCGAUUUUGUGGGUGAUAGCAGGUCAAGCAUCUUUGAUGCUAAGGCUGGGAUUGCUCUGAAUGGAAACUUUGUGAAACUGGUCGCGUGGUAUGACAAUGAAUGGGGUUAUAGCUGCCGUGUGAUUGACUUGAUCGUCCACAUUGCUUCUGUUAAAGCUUGA